GCUGAUGGAAGUGGGACCCGUUCCGAACAACGAGGAAAUGUCGCCGGCCGGUGAGGAAGCCAUUCAAGAAUCAGGAAGCGUCGUUUUCUUGCUCAACAACCUUCCAUUUGACGCUGAUGAUGAUGCCCCUGGGGCUCAGCCUAACCUCCCAUAUCGUAUUGAGAAUCUUGCGGCAACUUACAUCUCGCCACUGGAACAAAUUUUAUCGAGCAAACUUCAUUCUGCUGGGUGUGUACGUGCUGUCUUUGUCAAUUUUGGGCCCAAGGGUUACCAUGAGAUCAAACCCAAUUGGAGCCCUGUAACUCGACCGGCAGAAUUUGAAGCUUUGUUACGUGAGUUAUUCCAAAAUGGAAUGAAAAGGGAUCCUGUGACUAAUGAAGUCCUCUGGCAUAAAAUCACUGACUUGUCAAGUUUAUUGGCUAAUUUGCCUGCAAACUCAAGGAAAAUAGGCUGCUUGCAUGGAGCUACUUCACAAGGCUCAGCUUCAAUCAACUUUCAGGACUACAUUAAAAAUGCUUCUCUUAUGCAUUCUUUUGUUUUUGUGGUAGGCCAAAUUGCCAAUGAGGAGAUUGAGGGAUUCCUUGAUGAAUUUGUGAAAGUUUCUGAAUACGAGCUGGUUCCAACUUAUUGCUUGUCCAGAGUUAUCAAGGCGAUGGAGGACAAAUGGAAUAUUUGAAUAAACCAUUUUGCUCUAAAUUGUUGACAAUCUUCUGUUUGAUCGUGUGGUGUAAACGUCAACACAAUUGAACUAGCUGAUCAUU